AUGAAUAGUCAACACCCCCACGGUGGUAGCGGUGGUGCGCCAUACGACAGAGAGCGCGAGAUCGAAGAGCAUCGACACCGUGAGGAAAUGGCUUAUCGCGAAAUGAAGCACCAGGAAGAGCUUGUCCGUCGCGACCAAGAACGAGACGCUCGCGAACGAAGUGACCGUGAGCGAGAGCGAGACGUCAACGACCGCUUCCAGAACCCCCCCCGACACAGCAGCGCUGGUUCCAUCCCUAUCCACCAGCCUGUUGCAUCGAGAAUCUCUGGCGCGAUACACAGCCCGGGCGGCCUUUUGGCAAACCACAAUGGCAAUCCGCCUGCCGGACACCUCAGUGGGCACUCGGCCCCGGUAGCCAGUUUUGGCGGUCCCUUAGUGCCGAGCGACCAACAUGGACGCCAGGUCCAGCAUGGCGGACAGAGCAAUGACAACCCUCAUCAGAUAUUCCCAUCGAUGGCACCUCAUCCCCCGGUCGCGGCCGGAACACCGCAGGGGGCUGGUGCUGCCGGUUCGGCUGCCGGUGCUGUCUUCGGUGCGCCCAUGCCCCAAGGCCAACCGCAGCAGCAACACCAAGAAGGCCCGCGAGGGGGGCAGCAAGGCGGCGCACCGUUCAGGGCAGUCACGCUGGGCCAGCAUCAGAUCCCUGGGAGCAUGAACCAAGGCCAGCAGCCUAUUCUCAAUGAUGCUCUCACCUAUCUUGACCAGGUCAAGGUCCAAUUCCACGACCAGCCAGAUGUCUACAACCGAUUCUUGGAUAUUAUGAAGGAUUUCAAAAGCCAGGAGAUUGAUACACCGGGUGUAAUCAACCGAGUUUCGGAGCUCUUCGCUGGUCACCCCAACCUUAUUCAAGGGUUCAAUACUUUCCUGCCUCCCGGCUACCGAAUCGAGUGCGGCGCAGGCAACGACCCGAAUACUAUAAGAGUUACGACCCCCAUGGGCACUACAAUGCAGUCGAUCGCCGGUCGCGGAAGCCAGACUGAAAGUACGGCUGGAGGUCAACCUCCACCAUUCCAAGAUCGGAGCCAAUGGCAACGCCCGCAGCGCAGCAUCGAGAGCCCAGAAGCCACUUUCAGCACCCCUGUACAGAACACGGCAAACCUUUUUGCACAGGCAGCGGCUCAGAAUGGGCUUUUCGAAGGCUCAGCAGCCUCCCAGCAGCGCGCUGUUGCCCAGAUCCAGGGCGCACUGGAUGCGCAGCUUAAACCUCGAGGCGCUCAAACGCCUACGCCCACUUCCGGCCCGGUUCCUGUAAACGGUGCCGCAGGUAAUGGCAACCAGGCCAACAUGAAUGCCCGUGGCCCAGUAGAGUUCAAUCAUGCGAUCAGUUAUGUGAAUAAGAUCAAGAACCGAUUUCAAGACAAACCCGAAAUCUACAAACAGUUUCUGGAGAUCCUCCAGACAUAUCAGCGGGAACAGAAGCCCAUCCAGGACGUUUAUGCUCAGGUUACUAACCUGUUCCACGAGGCCCCGGAUCUUCUUGAAUCAUUCAAGCAGUUUCUCCCAGAGUCAGCUGGUCAGGCCAACAAAGCGACCCCGGGUCGUGCUGAGGACCCAGCUUUGGGCCAAGUACACACGCCACAGGCUGCAGCGCGUGACGGUCAGAAGAUGCCUCCUCUAGGCAGUUUCGCUCCGCCUCCUAGUACAAGCAAGGACAACAAGAAGCGGCCUCGUGUUGCUGAAAAGGCAAGCCCGGCUUCAGGCCCAUCAACCGUGGAGCCUGCUGUGGCCAACCGACUUGCGCAGCCGACUGCGAUCAACGGGAACAAGCGUCCGAAACUCAGCCAUGCCAGAGGCACUGUUGACGGAUCCAACGCUGUCGAAUCUACUCUUACGCCAAUUAUCCCUGAGCCUUACCCUCCACGCCCGGCUUCCACAUCGACACAAGAUGAAAUUGCCUUCUUUGAGCGUGUGAAGAAAUAUUUGGGCAAUCGAUCAUCCAUGAAUGAGUUUCUUAAGCUAUGUAAUCUGUUCAGCCAGAACAUCAUCGACAGAAACACACUCUUCCACAAGGGUGUCCAGUUCAUUGGCGCCAAUCCGGAUUUGUUGAGUUUUUGGAAGAUGUUUGUCGGCUUUGAAACUCAGGAUGUAGUUAUCGACAACCGCCCCGCUCCUCCUACUGAGAAGCUUUCGCUGAGCAAUUGCCGUGGUUACGGACCAAGUUACAGGCUCCUGCCAAAGCGGGAACGCCUCAAGCGGUGCAGUGGCCGUGACGAGCUCUGCCAAUCUGUUCUCAACGAUGAAUGGGCCUCCCACCCUACCUGGGCGUCGGAGGAUUCGGGAUUCGUUGCGCAUCGAAAGAACCAGUUCGAGGAAGGACUCCACCGAAUCGAAGAGGAGCGUCAUGAUUACGACUUCUAUAUCGAAGCGAAUCUCAAAUGUAUUCAGCUCCUGGAGCCUCUUGCUCAACAGAUGUUGGCCAUGUUGCCAGCAGAGCGAGAGCUGUUCCAUAUGCCUAGUGCCCUUGCUGGCCAAAGCACUUCGAUCUUCAAGCGAAUUUCCAAGAAGAUUUACGGUGACCGAGGUAUUGAUGUUGUCAAUGACCUUUACAGCCAUCCCUUCGACGUUGUUCCUGUGCUCCUGGCACGUAUGAAGCAAAAAGAUGAGGAAUGGCGAUUCUCUCAGCGUGAGUGGGAGAAGGUCUGGCACUCUCAAACAGAAAACAUGUACCUCAAGAGUCUCGAUCAUAUGGGCAUUCUUGUCAAGUCGACCGACAAGAGAAAUCUGACCGCGAAGCAUCUUGUCGAUGUCAUCAAAACUAAGCACGAAGAGCAGCGCCGCGAGCGUGCCCUCAAGGGCAAAGCACCACGAGAUCAAUUCGAGUGGGACUUUAGCGACAAAGAUGUCAUCGUUGAACUGCUCCGGUUCGCAAUGCUCUAUAGCUUGAACAACGGGCAGCACAGCUUCCAGGAGAAGGAGCGCAUUCUCGAGUUCUUCGAGAUGUUCAUCCCUGCUUUCUUCGACAUCUCCGAGGAAUCCAUUCUUGACAAGCUCCCCAAAAUGCAGCUCGACUCCGGCGAAGAGGAGAUCGAGGAUCAUACUCCUGCAGAGCUGACCAAUGGCCGCAGCCGUCGCAACGGGAAGAAAGGAGAUCUUCUUAGAGGGGUACUGGAUCCCGGACGCAACGGAAGCAAGCCUAGAAACCAGAAGGAGGACAGCACGGCUUCGGGUAGCAAGGAAACCACGCCAGAUGUCAAUUCCGCCAAUGAAGAAGAAAUGCCUGAUGCACCUGAUGAGAGCCUCCCUGAGGUGUCCAACGAGCGGUGGAUGCCUAGUAUCCCGAAGCCGGUUGUCGUUGGAGAGAAUAACGGUCUUCUGGAUACGGAUAGCAACCUCAAGGCUGAUGGUCUUUUCAAGCGCAAGUGGUAUCAUCUGUUUGCGAACCAGACUAUCUUUGUCUUCUUGAGCAUCUUCCACAACCUGUAUGCUCGUCUCAGGGAUAUCAAGGAGAGCAAGGAAAGCGCCCUUAAUGAGGUUAAGCGCCUAAACCGUGACAAGCCCGCUCGAGAUAUCGGCCUGACAGAAAACUACAUGGCCUUUUUCCAGCCUGAUGAAGAUCCCGAGACAUACUGGCCGAAGACUGUGGAACUCAUUGAAGAGUACAUCAGUGGCGAUGUCGACGAAAACCGAUACCAAGAGGUCUUGCGUCAUUAUUACCUGAAGAACGGAUGGAAGCUAUACACGCUCCAAGACCUGCUGAAGACCCUCUGCCGUCUUGCUCUUACCUGCAGCAGCCAGGACAGCAAAGAGAAGAGUCCUGACUUGAUCCAUCAGCAUAUCAACAGCCGAGAGAAGCAGGAGACUAGCUAUCAGACUGAGAUCAGCGCAAGAAAGUUUGCGGAGAAGUGUGUAAAGGACGGGGAGUUGUUCACUAUCCGAUGGUUCCCUGAAGAGGCCAAGGCCACAGUUCGCUGGUUGCAGAGGGAUGAAACUACAUUCUACACGGAUGAUAUGCAACUUCGCGAGCGCUGGCAGUACUAUAUCUCGUCUUUCAUUAGGAUUGAGCCAACAGAAGGCGUUCCACGAUCAAGACUGCAAAGAGUUGUUCUUGCACGAAACUUGCCCUCGGGUGAUGCCGACUCUGAUGAUGGAGCUUCUCCCAAGCGACUUUCUUAUGAGGAAAACUUGACUAUCAGCAUCUGUUUGAGAACGUCCAAGAUGAUCUGGGGCCCCGGAACAUCGGAGUAUUUCGUCUAUGACCAGUCUCCGAAAACCAAGGAGCAGCGAGAGCGUCGUGAAAAGUUCACCAGGGCUUUGAGCAACCAUCGUGAGCUGGAACUGACCAAGAAGUUCGUCCACAACCCAGCCUGGGCGAAAGACUUGAGUCCCGAGGAGGUCCAGGAACAGAAUAGCAACUUCCGGAAGUGGAUGGACGAUGGAACUCCUCCCCCAAAGCCACUGAGUGAAGUGGAUGGGGAGUAG